GCCCGCGGCGAUCCCGCUCCGCUCCCGGUACCGAACGCGGGGAUCCCGCUCCGCCGCGGUACCGACUCUUGGCCCCGGGGGUCCGGGCCAUGCCGGGGUCCCGGUGCCCGCUGCCGGUGCUGCGCUGGCUCCCGCGGUACUCGCGGGCCUGGCUGCCGCUGGACGUGCUGGCCGGGCUGGCCGUGGGACUGACCGCCGUGCCCCAGGCGCUGGCCUACGCCGAGCUGGCCGGGCUGCCGCUGCAGUACGGCCUCUAUUCCUCCUUCAUGGGCUGCUUCGUGUACUGCCUCCUGGGCACGGCCAAGGACGUGACGCUGGGUCCCACGGCCAUCAUGUCCCUGCUGGUCUCCUCGUACGCCUCCCACCAGCCCGGCUAUGCCGUCCUGCUCGCCUUCCUCUCCGGCUGCAUCCAGCUGGCCAUGGGGCUCCUGCGCCUCGGAUUCCUUCUGGAUUUCAUUUCCUGCCCGGUCAUUAAGGGGUUUACAUCAGCUGCUUCCAUCACCAUCAGCUUCAACCAGGUCAAGAACAUCCUGGGGCUGCAGGGCAUCCCGAGGCAGUUCUUCCUGCAGCUCUACGAGACACUGAGGAGGAUUGGGGAGACCAGGUCAGCACCCCCUGCCCUGCUCCCCAUCCCUGGGGUGACAGCUGGGGCUGAUUUCUCGGCUGUGACACAAACCCCCUGCCCUGGCCUCUGUGGAGCUCUCAGGGCGUGUUUGGGGUGGCACUGCUGUGCCUCUUGCAGGGCUGGGGACGCUGUGCUGGGGCUGAGCUGCCUGGCAGCGCUGGCAGGGCUGCGGGCCAUGAAGAGCCACCUGCCCCAGGCUGUCCCCACAGCACCACUGGCUGUCAGGAUCAGCCAUCUGAUUGUGUGGAUCUGUGCCACAGCACGAAACGCCCUCGUGGUCCUGUCUGCUGGCCUGGUGGCUUACUCCUUCCAGGUGAUGGGCUGCCAGCCCUUCAGGCUCACGGGCAGCAUCCCCCAGGGCCUGCCACCCUUCCAACCACCGUGCUUCUCCCUGGCACUGCCCAACGGCACCGUCCCCUUCGCCAGCAUGGUGCAGGACAUGGGGGUCGGGCUGGCCGUGGUGCCGCUCAUGGGGCUGCUGGAGAGCGUCGCCAUCGCCAAGGCUUUUGCCUCACAGAAUGGCUACAGGAUUGACCCCAACCAGGAGCUGCUGGCUCUGGGUGUUGCCAAUGUCCUGGGCUCCUUUGUCUCCUCGUACCCCAUCACGGGCAGCUUUGGCCGGACAGCAGUGAAUGCUCAGUCAGGGGUCUGCACCCCCGCGGGAGGGCUCGUCACAGGUGCCCUGGUCCUGCUGUCCCUGGCAUACCUGACCUCUCUGUUCUAUUACAUCCCCAAAGCAGCGCUGGCUGCUGUCAUCAUCUCAGCCGUGGUGCCCAUGUUCGACGCUGGCAUCUUCCGGACGCUCUGGCGGGUUCAGAGGCUGGACCUUGUGCCCCUCUGUGUGACCUUCCUGCUCUGCUUCUGGGAGGUGCAGUAUGGAAUCGUGGCUGGGGUGCUGGUUUCUGGGCUUCUCCUGCUCUACUCCAUUGCCAGGCCCCCAAUAAAGGUGUCAGAGGGGGCCGUGCUGCUGGUGCAGCCGGGGAGCAGCCUGCACUUCCCAGCCGUGGAGCACCUGAGGGCCUCGGUGUGCAGCCGUGCUCUGGCAGCAUCUCCAGCUCGCUCGGUGCUGCUGGACUGCAGCCACGUCAGCAGCAUCGAUUACACGGCGCUGCUGGGGCUGGCAGAGCUGCUGCAGGAGCUGCACAGGCACGGCCUCUCGCUGGCCUUCUGUGGCCUGCAGGACCCCGUUCUCCAAGUCCUCCUGUCUGCAGACUUAGAAGGGUUCCAGCAUUUCCCCAGCAGGGAGGAGGCAGGGGAGGCUCUGGCUGCUCUCCCAGGGUGGGGUGAGUGUGGCUCUGGAGGACACCUGUGGGGAUCUGACCUGCCCAGCUGCAGAGCAGCACAGUGGGGGCUGCAGGGGCUCCAGGGGGGGUGAGCUGGAGCCCCUCCCAAGAACUGGGUCUCCCCAGCCUUGGGGAUUCAUGGUGAGCUCUGGUGGUUCAACCCAGCAGCAGCUCAGCACCAUGGAGCCCUUCACUGCCCAUGCAGAGGGGUGGGACAGAAGUAGAGAAAAGGUAAAAACUCUUGGGCUGAGAUGAAGGCACUUAAACAGGACAGAAAGGCAAAAUGACAAUAACCAUAAAGGAAUAUCCAGACCAAGAGAUGCACAGGGUGCUGGCUCACCACCCUCUGAGCCAUGCCCAGCCAGCCCCUGAGCAGUGCCCCUCACCCCUCGGCCAGAUCCCCCCAGUGUCUCCUUCAGCACCAUGCCCCGUGCUCUGCAUCAUCCCUCUGGGCUCUGGGGCAGCUCUCCUGGCUCUGCCCCUCCCAGCUCCUCCCUGCCCGGCCAGCCUGGGAGCCUGAGUCCUUGGUUUAGUGUAAGCACUGCUCAGCAGCAGCUGAGCCAUCGGGCUGUUAUCAACAGGAGCCUCAUCCUGAACCCAAACACAGCUCUGAAACAGCUCCUGGGAAAAUUCCCUCUGUGCCAGGACUGAGCCCUGCCCUGACUCUGCCUCCCCUCUCCUGUCCCAGAGCGGUGCAGGGAGCUGGGGGGCAGCAGGGCAGAGCCCCCCACCAGCACUGCCGAGAGCACCGGGCUCAUCCAGUGACACCGGGUUGGGCUGAACGUCCUGUGCCACCCCAGUGACACCAGCACCUCCCUGGGAGCCACCUGUCCCUCCUGGGCACGGGCAUGGACUGUCCCCAUGUCCCACGGCGAGAUGGACAGAGCAGCAGCAGCCCAGCCCCACACGGGCUGUGGGACAAAACUGUUCCCUGUCACAGUGACCAGUGCAAAGCCAACCUUCCUCCACGGAGCUGCUGACACUUUUUAAAUGAUUGUUUUAAUUCUGAACCUUUUCUACGUUCUGGGCUGCUCCAGUGGUGACACAGGGGGAGCUCUCAAAGCUGUUUCAGGGCUGCUGUGCUGCCCUCCAAGCGGCCACGGGGCUCAGCCUCCAGCUCUGGGAGAGGGAAGACAUCUGGGAUUGUUCUCCUUACUGAUUUUUAUCCUUACUUACCUUUUUUAAUCCUUCUCUUGUAUGUGCGGUGUUGUGCCAAGCACUACCCUGGGUCAGGGCUGGGCUCACCCUGGGGUGCAGCUCCUGGCCUGGGCCCUGCCGAGGGGACAGGCACGGUGACACCGAGCUGUGCCAUGGGGACAGCACCUGGUGGGGCUGGGCAGGGUCGGGAAUUCAG